UGGUUGCUGCUUCUCCGGCUUCUCCCUCAGUGCUGCUUUACCUCCGCUGCUAUUCCGUUACAGCGGGGCAAAAUGGCGGCUGUCAUUCAGAAUCCUCUGAACGCGUUGGGUGACCAGUUUUACAGAGAAGCCAUCGAGCACUGUCGCAGCUAUAAUGCUCGUCUGUGUGCUGAGCGCAGCGUCCGCCUGCCCUUCCUCGACUCUCAAACCGGCGUCGCCCAGAACAACUGCUACAUCUGGAUGGAGCGUCAUCAUCGUGGACCAGGUUUGGCAGCUGGCCAGAUGUAUACAUACCCUGCCCGCUGCUGGAGAAAGAAGAGGAGGUUACACACUUCCAUGGAUUCAAGCCUUCACCUCUACGGUCUAAAUAUAGAUAAUGGCCUGACAGCAAAAGAUACUUUGCCUACACCAAGCACUACGCUGGAGGCUUUGCUGAGAGGGGAUGGCUUGGACAAGAGGAACAGCACCAGAGACGAGGACCUGCUGGAGAUUCAGAGAGUAUUGGAGGCUGACGCCAACGAGGAUGGUUACCAUGACGAUGAAGACUUUGAAGUGGACAUACCAAAAAGGAAACACCGGGGAAAAGGCAGAGGUCGAGGCUCAGGACGCCGAAGGACGGACCACAAUGACCAAGAUAAGCCAUAUAUCUGUGAAAACAGAUACAAACAAAAGCAUAACUCAAAAACUUCAGCUUCAGUCUGUGGGAAACGCUACAGGAAUCGCACUGGCUUAAGCUACCACUAUGGCCAUAGCCACAUUGCCGAUAAGGAAGGACCUCAAGCCAGAGACCAAGAGCCAUCACAGUCUCCAGCCAUCAACCACCGUCCUCACAGUCGCAAAUAUCAGAAGAGUCCAGAUGACGCUCAUACACUGAACAAUUUCUGCAAAGUUUGUCAAGUACAUUCAGACUCCAAGCUGAAAGAUGGCAAGUGCUCCAAGUGUAGCUGCUUAGGUGGACAUGAUGAAUCAAGAGAAGAGAAGCCUUAUGCUGGAGCGGAGGAGCUGUUUGGUGCCAGUUCUGAGAGUGACACUUCUACAUUUCAUGGCUUUGAGGAGGAUGAGCUGGAAGAGCGCCUGUCUAACAGCGGCGAGACCUCUCCAAAGGGCAGAUAAAGAACAGUUUAAAAGACAUGCCGUUCCUUUCAAACACAGCGCAUCCCCCUGCAAAAAUUCUGCUGCUUCUUUUUAAAGGGUUUAUUUGUUUGUUUGUUUGUUUGUUUGUUUGUUUGUUUGUUUGUUUUUCCCCUCUCCCUUUUAUUGGAAGCACAAGUCAUAGUAUCAGAAGAUGAUGUGUGAAAGUUUUAUCUUCCUUUUAAUGAGUUGUGGAUAUUAUUAUUAUUAUUAUUAUUAUUAUUAUUAUUAUUAUUAUUUAUACAUUAAGAGCAAAUAGGAGUAGUUUUUUUUGUUUGUUUGUGUUUUUGUUUUUUUAAUUUUAAGAAACUUUUCUAUUGUAUUUUUUUUUUUCCCUUGAGGGGAAAUGAUGGUAUAUUAUAAACGCCGUAAUGGACAGAGAUUAAUUGCAGAUUUAUUACUGGAAUCAUUUUCCAAGACUGAAGACAAAAACAUUAACAAAAAACAACAACAACAAAAACUGAAAGGAGACCUUGCCCUGUUAAGGAGUACAAGUCAGCGAAGAGAAGACGUGAGCUUCAAAAUAAACUGCUAGUGUUUCAUGUCACUGGAAUUGCCAAGGGAUGCAACCGUGAUCUCCUCAAUAAGUCAACUGGGUACUUAAUCUUGUGUACUGUGACUGUGCCAAAAUGAAGUUGGGACAACUUUUAAGGAGAGGAGUUGCAGAUGUACUGUCUCUCAUCCUGCUUUGGAGAUUAAGGAGCUAUUGUGAAGAAGAAAUGAUCUGAAUCAACUGUGUAAAUGUGGGAGACUUUGGCUAUAGAAAGUUUAAAGAUGGCCUCCUUCACAUGCAUUGACAUUUCUUUGGUCGGAUAUUGAGAGUUCCAAUGAACAGUUCCCUACUAAUCAUAGGGUUGGCGGUUCAAUUCCUGGCCCACGUGACGCCACAUGCCGAAGUGUCCUUGGGCAAGACACUGAACCCCAAGUUGCUCCUGAUGGCAAGUUACCGCCUUCCAUGGCAGCUCUGCUACCAUUGCAGAGAGAGGAGCUGUAGUGAAGGAGGAAGGAGAGAUGAGUUACUCUUGGAAAUAAAAUAAAAACAUUCCCAGAGUCUCAAUCCACCUCUUCAGUCUUCUGAAUGUCUGAGCCAGUGAAACCGAGGAAGCCUCUGUGCAGCCAGACAAACACCAGACUCGCACUCAUGGACAAGUAUUGAUCGAUUUUAUUUUAUUUUAUUUUAUUUUAUUUUUUAAACCUCUCGGACUGCUGCUGCUCCCCUCGUGUUGGUCUGCAGCCUGAAUCUGAGACUGUGAUCAGAGCCAUAUGAAACUCUUCCUCCACUCUCUGUACUGCAGGAGUUUCAGACAGUCUAGGAGAGAUUCCUGUUCUAGCUUUACAGUGUCACUUUGGUUAGGUUACAACCUCAAGCUCUGUACUUAAUAUGAAUACUUCUGUUUUAUUCAGGUUCUUUACAGCCAUUGUAUGAUUUUUGUUGCAACAUAAACAUACAGUAUGGUCUGUGAGAUGUCAUGUUCACACAUUUAAAGAAAAGUGAGAUGUUCCAGUUGUACUGAAAGCACAAUGCCUUCCUGCUACCUUUACUUUACCGUGUGGCUUUAAACUCUACUCUGAUUGGUUGGGUGACCUUGCGCUUACAGCUAUGUUCUGUUUUCACCACCAUCAUGUUACCAUUUUUCUUCUUCUUUUUUUUCCCCCUGCAAAUGUGUGAACAUGACAUAAAAGCGAGAGAGAGAAUAUUUGUGUCGCUUUCUUUCCACAGCCCUGGUGCACAAAAUUUCUAUUCUGAAGCAACGUUGUGACUAGUAUUGCGCUGUGUUUAAUCCAGUCUCUCAGGGGAAGAUGAUCCUGACAGCCAUAUUUAAAACACACCACUAUAGAAUCCUCCAAAUGUGGAUCUUUUCAAACUGCAAUUUGAAUGUUUUAUUUCUACUGAUUUACAUUUCACUUGUCUUGAUGGAAAUAUUCUCUACAGGCUCUUCUACCCCGUCUUGUAUUUGGGCCUCGAUACCUGCUCAGGCGUUUUUCUUUGAAAUGUAGGACUGCUCUUUCCAUGCAGGUGCUGUAUACUGUAUAGUCAGGCUUUUAUUAUGCAUUCGGAAAAGGAUGAAGCUAACGUUAAGCUAAUCACACACUGAUAGGGUGUGACACUGAGGAACAAGCUGAGACUGUGACCCAGCAAAACCUUCCACCUCAUAGAACAACCACUAAUGAAAACACGUGACAGGAUUGUAGUUCAUGUGAGCUACGGGUUGCUGUUUAAAAAAAAAAAAAAAAAAAAAAAAAAAAAAAAAAAAAGGUAACAAUGACGUAUGGUCUAUUUGUUUUGAUUAUUUUCCCAGGCAUUGGCAUCAUCAAAUCAGAACAAAGUCAGCUCCAUCACAUUACAAGGAACAAAGUAGGGAAUAAAACACGAUGAUGUGGUGUGCUGGUCUAGGAUGAUUUUCCUAUAACGGCACAUUCCAUAGUGUGUGAUUCCUCUCAUACCACAGCGAUAUGCCAAGGAUUACAAAUUUUCAUUUAUUAAUGAAUGACACUUUUGCGCUUUUUAUCCCGAUAUAGUUAUGGACCAUCCAUGAAACAAAUUCACUCCUGAUACUCAAGACUAGGGAUGGGCGAUAUGGACUUAAAACUAGAUCAAGGUAUUUUCUGGUAUUUAUUAUGAUAAUGAUGUUUGUGACAACAUUAAUAUAGUACCAUUCACCGCUGUUUUUUAAAAAUUUUUUUAUUUAAUUUACUAGUAAAAUGAUGUUAUCUUGUUUUCUGAAAAGAAAAGAACAAUCUCAAUUGAGUUUUUGCUUAAAACAAGCAAAAUGAUCUGCCAGUGGGGUAAGAAAAAUAAUCAUCUUCAAAUGGAAAACUGGAUUACUUUUCUCGUUUUAUGGUCGUUUGCUGGACAUCUGAUUUUCUGUAACCAAACCGGUUCCAGAUUGUAGAGGGAGCUCCUCAUUUAGUGAUAAACUCCUCCUCAGCUUCACGUCCGCGUUCCGCCAUGCUCGUCUUCGGUCUGCACCUGAGCUGCGAACGGGUCGCAGACCGUCGCACACAGAAAUACAGCAUCAACUAGGCUUUAUCGUUAUUAUCGCGGGAAGACUUUCUACCGGUAUAUCGCAAACGAUAAGAUAUCACCCAUCCCUACUCGAGACUCCUUCUAUAAAUGUUAAACGCCUCUUAACAAAAACUUCCCUACAUCAACGACUAUACAAUUUUCUUUGUUAAAUAACAACCCGGUUUUAAAAAAAAAUCCUAUUAUUAUGUGAAGUGUCCACUGUACAGGUCCCUAUGUAUGAGCGGUCAUAUGAGAACUAGCGCAUUAAUCUCAACCUGUCAUUUAUGUUCCAGCCAGAAACUACUGUCAGAGCAACUGGUAAAGAAAAAUGAAUCCGUAUAAAUUCUGAUUCAAGAAUUCAACAGCGCUGUGGUACAAAACAGAUAACGCAGGCAUGUAACACAUUGUACAUUUCAUGACCAUGAAUUAAUCAAGAAUCAUAGGAUUGAGUCUUCCUCAUGAUCAUGGGAAAAAUCCAUGUUCUUUCUUCUUUUUUUAAUUUUUAUUUAUUUUAUUGAGCAUAAUGUCUUACUUUUUCCCCCCAUACAUUUUAUAUUAGAAUAAUUGGUUAGUGCACUCAAGGAGCUCUGUGAAAAGCUGUGUGUAUUUGAAAAGAGUGUCUUAUGACGUUUGAGUGAUUUUUAUUAUUAUUAUUAUUAUUAUUAUUAUUAUUAUUAUUAUUUUCCCCCACUGUUUCAUGGUUCUCACCAACACUCAGCCGGAUUUCCUGUAUUGUCAGAAACAGUCCAUGUGUAAUCAGGCACCGCUGGGAUCGUCUUUGCGGCUGGACGGGUCACCCAGCGAUUCAAGUCGGCUUAAGUAGAGGAAACGCACCUUUUUAUAUUCUAUACAUUUUCCCCCUCCAAUGAAGUCUAACGGUGCUGAUCUAAACCGUCAUUACGUCUGGCAUGGUGAAGAGGUUGGCACUCCAGGGUACAUGUUUAUUUCAGAAUAUGUUUAAAAAAAUAAAUAAAUAAAAAUAAAGAAUCUGCACCUAACGUUAUGGCACAUAGAUUAACACUUGAUGUGAAUAACACUCCACCUACGUGUAGGCAAGAAGACUGUGAGUGCCAUGUAUUGUUUAUUCCUCACAUAUCUGAACCCUGUUCCCACACUGUGGUUCUAAUAUGAUUUAUAUGCAGUUGGUGAAUUAGGCAUAAUGCUGUGAUGUAAAUUUUGAAUGCUUUUUGUUUUGUUUUUUGUUUUCUUUCUUUUUGAAAACAUUUAUUUAUGUUUAUGCAAGAAUAUUGUUGGCUUUGUCUACUGCACAUCUCGUUAAGACUAUUUCAGGCCUGCAAUGUUAAUUGUGAGUUUUCACGUCUAGAGAUAUGAAGGUUACCAAACGAUGCACAGUGAAUGAGAGAAACGUGUACAUGACGACGGCUUACACAUCAACAUGGACUGGUGCGCAAACGUGCACACGUAACAACAGACACACUCAACAAAUCCCCUCAGGUACCAUAACCGCACACUCAACAAGAGCAUGAGGAAUGAUUCUCUGGAAUAAGAAACAUUUUGUCAGUCAGAUUUCUUGACUCGUAUCUACAGAUUUUAAGGAACGGUGUGCAUUUGCUGAUCUUCCAGGCAGUGGAUCUUGUGCACUUUUUUGAACAACUAAUGCUCCUGCUGAGGGGUUAUGAUCGAUUAUUACGAACAUUAUGAUGAACUUUAAGCAAUUGAUCUGUCUAAUAUUUUCUGCUAAUACGUUUAUAGUCACUUCUGUACCUCAGAAAAGUCAAUGAGCAAUAGGCCUGUGUUUUUUCUGCAUUCCUGGGGUUGGAACAAGAGCCAAUUUGAGGUGAAGGAGUUUGAACUGAUUAUUUUGUCUGCAUCUGUACAUAAUAUAAUCCAAAUGAAGUCUUUGUUAGUUGUUAUUUUUAUUGUGACGAAAGGAAUUAAAGAAUGAAUUAGAGGUG